AUGGCUACCGUAUACGAUGACAAGCCAGCUGCAUCGCGGUUGUCGGACGCAGAGCGAGACCCUGAUCUCAAGGGUUCGGUCGUUGCGGGAUUCGAGGAUCCGGAUGAAGGUCUAAGUGAUGAAGAGCGGGCUGCGAUUGAUCGGAAAUUGUUGUGGAAACUCGACAUCCGUCUCGUCCCCUGGCUGAGUCUACUCUAUCUGGUUUCGUUCUUGGAUCGGACGAAUAUUGGAAAUGCGAAGCUCGUCGGCCUUCAAACGGAUCUGGGCAUGACGAAUGCACAGUACAAUGCUUCGCUGACCAUCUUCUUUGUCUCGUACUCGGUUUUUGAGCCUGCGACUAAUGUCCUCCUCAAGCGAUUGCGCCCUAGUAUCUUUAUUCCAUCAAUUAUGAUGGCAUGGGGUAUCUGCAUGACAUGCAUGGGCGUAGUCCACAACUACGCCGGCCUCAUGGCCGUCCGCUGGUUCCUAGGUCUCUCCGAAGCCGGACUAUUUCCCGGCGUAGGAUAUUUCCUCUCAUGCUGGUACAAACGAUCGGAGUUCGGCGUGCGAAUGGCGAUCUUCUUCUCCGCCGCUGCGUUGGCCGGCUCGUUUGGAGGCCUCUUGGCCGCUGCAAUUGCGAAAAUGGAUGGCGUGGGUGGCUUGGCGGGAUGGUCAUGGAUCUUCAUUCUCGAGGGUCUGGCUACCUUCGUGAUUGGCGUGGCUUCGUUCUGGUGUGUCUAUGAUUUCCCAGAUCAGGCGCGGUUCUUGUCUGCGGAUGACCGGAAACGGGUGUUGAGACGCCUGGCGCUGGAUCAGCAGUCCAGUGCUGAGCAUGAGGAGUUCAAGAUGGAUUACUUCUGGGCUAGUGUGAAGGACUGGAAGACGUAUACUGGUGCGGUUAUCUAUAUGGGGGCUGAUGGAGCGCUUUAUGCGUUCUCGCUCUUCGUGCCGACGAUUAUCAGCGAAUUAGGUAAUGAUCUUUCUAUCUUUCUCAGCGAUGAGGAGUUGUCGGCGGCAGUCUUGACCGUGACGAUCGGCUUCAUUGCAGAUCGCACCCGCCAGCGAGGCCUCUGCAAUAUCGGCGUUUCGUUUCUGGGCAUGAUUGGAUUCUCCAUGCUCCUAGGCUGCGAAUCUCCCGGGGCACGUUACGCGGGAGUGUUCUUCGGCGCGAUGGGCAUCUACCCGGCCAUCGCGAACACGAUCUCUUGGACGAGCAACAAUACCGAGGGCGUGUACAAACGAGGUGUCUCUCUCGGCUUCAUUAUUGGCUGGGGAAACCUCAACGGGAUCGUCUCCUCCAAUAUCUACCGCGACGACGACAAGCCUCGAUACUACCCUGGCCAUGGAGUGGUUCUGGCGUACCUCGUUCUGUUCCUCUUUGGCGGGUCGGUGGUGCAGUAUCUCCUGCUGCGGCGGGAGAAUGGCAAGCGUCGACGCGGUGAGCGCGACGCCUGGGUAGAAGGGCUGGAACCUACCGCGAUCGAGCCGAGGUUUGCAUGCGAUGUGCAAGGUUCUGGUCAGCCCUUUGACUCGGCGUAUUUCCUGGCUGCGUUCGGGUCGAUAGAUGACGAUAGUCAUGCCGAGGCCAUGGGUCGUCUUGAGCAAUUAGCGCAUACGCAAUACGCAGACCAAGUGCGGACAGUGCGGAGUGCCGAUUCAAUACUGGACAAUCUAAGCGAGAUGAAGGCGAAAAUGGCUGCGUAG